AGUAUGACGCCCACCCAUUUCCCAGAGGCAAAGAGUGUUGCCCCAAUAUAGGCAACAGUACCCCGCUGACCCUUCCCUAUCACCUCCACUACAGAGCCAAUCUAGGAGAGACAAAAGGAUGAGGGACGCCGACCAAUCAGGUGGCGGAGGAGAGGCUGUGCCUGGACCGGCUGGCAGACACUCCGGGGACAGACCUCCGGCCGCAGCUCAGCCCUGUGGCGUUGACAGCACUGACAGCGACUGGACCAGGUCCUGACUUCAGCAUCACUGUCGGUUUAGAGCAAGAUGGCUGACGUGGAACUGGUGAAGAAGAUGCUGCGGGCCGUCCUCCAGGCCAACAAAGGCGGAGUGUCAUUGUCCCGCCUGCAGUCAGAGUACAAGGAGCUGACCGGGGAGCAGAUACCACACAAACAGCUGGGUUACGACCACCUGGACGCGCUGCUAGCCAGCAUGCCCUCUUUAGUCCGCAUGGAGCGCCACCGCUCUGGAGAGACAGCGUGUUUUCCCUCAGGGGCCAAUGAGAUGGCCCAUAUAGCCAAGGUUGUGGCUCGUCAGCGCAGCUCCAAGAAGACAGGCCGACCCCACUUGGUCAACACCCAGAUGAGGGUCAAACCAGCUGCCCCUCUCGUCCUUAAUGCCAAACCUCAAACCUCACUGAGGCAGCCGAACCACCGUGGGCGAGGUGGGGGUAGAGGAGGAGGAGGAGGAGGAGGUGGUGUCCGAGGUGCGGGACAUGGAGACUUCAGACAGGCGAGGGACAUGAGGGAUGGCCAGUCAGAAGGCAAGACUGGGGUCCAUCCGAACAAAAUGUCCAGUCAGAAUACACCCAGCAGGAAAGGGAACCCACCCUCAGAAAAGUCAGACAAGAGGAUGACCCUCCCAACACGAUUUCAAAAGGAGGUGCAGGCUCACCUUUCUAGAAACUCCCAACAGACUGGUCCACCCUUGAAUCUGAAUGAGAGCCCAGGUUUGGAUAAAGGAAAGCCCUACAAUCCUCAGCAGGUCCAGGGUCGCAUCAAGGAGAUCCUGGGAAAGUACAGUAACGGGUUCUGGGUGUCGAAACUGCCUCAGAUCUAUAGAGAGCUGUACAAACAGGACUUGCCCACCGAGUCCAUCAAAGACCUGGAGACCUGGACACACAUAUGUACCGUAGAGAAAACCUGCAGCAGCAACCCAUCAGAGCUGCUACUCUACCCUGCCAAAGAACAGACCCCCGCAUCUUCCCCUUCACCCUCCAUUAACCCAAGCUCCACCUGUGCCCCUGUCCCAACUUCAAACGCCCCUGCAGACAAACCCUCGUACUCCCCUGCCCAGCAGAGACCCCCCAGCACCCAUCUGACUCGCUCUGGUUCUCGCUCUCCUCAGUCUCCACCGUCUUCCUCCUUGUCCCCCAGCCCUCCCUCCUCCCCUGCCACCCUCAGCCCUGACCUGAAGCUGAAACUAGAGGAGCUGCUGGUGAAGUACUCCAAUGGCCUGUGGGCACAUGCGCUGCCCAAGCUGUUCCAGGACACCUACAAAACCAAACUGCCUGGACAUGUCCUGGAGAACCUUCACCUCCUCUCCGACAUCUGCACCAUCGACUACCCAAUGCCUGACAACCCCAAGAGGGCCAUCUUGUACAGGAGAAGCAGCACUGGGGCAGAGGAUGAGAAUUGUAAUAGAACGACCUCCUCAAUCAAUGAGGAGGAGCUGAAGGUGAGACAGGAACUGGGGAGGAGGCUCAGUAACCAUGCAGUGCCUUCUCUGCAGAUCCCCAAAGAGGAGUACCCCUCUGUGCUGGUGGUGGAGGCCACCAACACAAAUGGAGUUAUACUCAGGUACAUUGGUGAAGGUUACUCCCAGGCCCAGGAGGCCAUGGAGGAUGAAAUGAGGGAGUUUUACGGUCUGGAUCAAAGCAGUCCAUCUCCUUUGUCAUCUCCAUGCUCGGGUCAACUUGUUGCUGUCAGGGCAGAGGAGGAGGAGGAGAUCCUUAGGGCUCAAGUCUGCGAGGUCAUGGCCGACAAGGUCAAGGUGCACUAUGUGGAUCAUGGCUUCUCAGAGGUGAUCAGCAAAACCAAAGUGUUUGAGCUGCAUGAGAAAUUUUUCCGACUGCCUUUCCAGGCAACCAAGUGUAAACUGGCAGGCCUGGAGCCGUUCUGUCAGGAGCCUGCAGUGCUGAAGAAGUUUGAGACAAUGGCAAGUGGAAGGAUCCUCUUGGCUGAGAUCUUAGAGAGAGGGCAGACCCCUCUUGUAGUCCUGUACGACACGUCGCAGGAUGAUGAUGUCAACAUUAAUGGUGCCUGUAUGAAAGCCCUGCAGGAUAAGACACUAGCCAGCCCGUUACAGGUGAACAGCGCUUAUAUGAAUGUAACUAUUAGCAGUGUCUGCUCAGAUGGGACCAUCUACUGCCAGCUGCCCUCCAGAGGCCUUGCCAAGCUGAAUGAGAUACUGGAGAAUAUUGAGACGUACUUCCACUCACAGGUAACAUCAGAGUUCCUGGUAUCCAGACCUUUCUGUGGGAAAGUCUGUCUGGCUCGUUACAAAGGCAAAUGGUCCCGUGUAGAGAUCACCAACCUUCAUGGCAGCAGAGUGCUGGACAUCCUGUUCAUUGAUGUGGGAGUGCAGGCUUCUGUAGAGAUAUUUGAGCUGAGAGAGAUCCCACCCCUGUUCCUACGUGACCUCACGGCCAUCCCGCCACAGGCUGUGAAGUGCUGUUUGGCAGACCUGGCCGUCAGUGUUGGAUCCUGGACUCCAGAUGCUGUCCAGUGGCUUCGAGAGAAAGUGCUCAACACCACAGACUGUAGCAUGAAGGUUGCCAAGGUAGAUGAGACCAAGCGCUGCAUUUACGUCCACCUUUUCACUGACAAAAGCUUCCACGACCCAGCCCGCAGCCUCAACCAUCAGAUGGCCCAGUCUGACUUGUUCAAACAGCGACCAGAUGUUUUCUUGACAAGCCACAGCCCAGCCAAGAUCUCUACACCCACUUUAUCUUCCAAGACUUCCAGCACCACUAACUCCAUUAAUGGGAGUCCAGCGUCAACCUCAGUCCCAGCCAAGCCUCAUCUCCGGAGGGCUCUGUCAGGACCCAAAGAAAUUGCAGGAGGCAACGUGACCGCCAUCAGCCAACCAGAGGCACCGUCAUCACCCUCAUCCACUCUCCAGCUGCCACCAUUACUGGAGCUGCCUCCAGCAGGAAACAACAUAGAUGUCUAUGUAUCAGUGGCGUGCCAUCCAGGGCAUUUUGUGCUGCAGCCCUGGAGAGAUAUGUACAAACUGGUGGUGUUGAUGGGCGAGAUGAUUCUCUACUACAAUAAAACAGAGCAGAAACCACUCAACAUAGAAAAGAAUCAGAUAUACGCUGCUAAAGUGGAGAACAACUGGCAUCGCGUGUUAGUGAAGGGAGUUCUGACUAAUGGGUUGGUGUCUGUGUACGAGUUGGAUUACGGUAAACAUGAGCUGAUUAGCUGCACCCAGCUCAGACCUUUGAUCAAAGAGUUCAGACAGCUUCCGUUCCAGGGAAUCACUGCGCAGCUGGCUGGAUUGAAGCCAAGGCAGUGGUCAGAGGAAGCUUCCAUUGUUUUCAGAAACCAUGUGGAGAAGAAACCACUUGUGGCCCAGCUGGAGGCCAUACAGGAUGCCACUAACCCCUGGGACAGGAAGUUGACGGUCUUCCUGGUCGACACAUCACAGGAAGAAAGGGACAUCUGGGUACACGACAUCAUGAAUGAAUUUGCGGAUGAGCUGACCAAUGAGCCGUAGACAACAGAAGAUCGUCUAUGAGUCCUGAAAGCUGAGCAGUUGUCCUGUUGCUCAAAGAAGACACUGUGAGUUCUGGAUAGACAAAAUAGAAGCAACUUGUCCAUCUUAAUAUAUCUACCAUUUAAUUGGAUGGAAAAAGAAAGAAACAAAUGAAUGAAGAAGUUACAAGGAGAAGGGAAAUUGAGAGGUUUGACAGAAACACAGGAGUUGUGGGCGUUGUAGCCACUUGCUUAUUGGGUUUUGGACUGUACAUCGAAGGCUGUUGUGAUGUGAUUUUGAAUGACUGCAGUGUGACCGUUGGACAAUACACCCAUGCAUGUUGUUGGUCCCAACUUGCCACAAAUACUCAUAGCAUACCUGUAACUUCAUGGCAGUAACAAACUGCUGGGUCUAGCCGUAAUAUCAUAAAGCUGUGGAAAUGACUUAGUAUGCAUUCUGAUACCAUGCAGUAUGGGCUUUAAUCCAAUGCAUCAUCUUGCCCUGCAGUACUGUGAGUGUAUCCAACUUUAGUGUGUCACCCGGAGGGGCAGAAGGAGGGGCUGAAUACCCUCAGUCCUGCCAAUGUGAGCACCCUUGCAAAGAGCAUAAGAUGUUCAAAUUAACUCAGCAAGUUCUCACAUGCUAGGAAAACCUAAAUGUAUUUGUUUAAAAAAAUCUGCUUUUGGUUUUUCUGAUCAUCCUAAAGUUUACAUAAGUGAAAGGAAACAUUCCCCAAAGAGGAGACGAAAUGGCCUGGGAGUUGUGGAAGACAGUUCUAUUAUUAUUCUAUUAUUUUUGCCAAAUUAUGAUUUUCAAUUCUGAGACAAAUUUAAGGUGGAAUAUUUACUUUGUUGGUCAGGAAGUGUCUUAAAUCUCGCAGCACAGCUGGCCCUUUUUGCACAUGAACACUGAGUAAGCCUGCUGUACUUACUCUCCAAGCAACACACAGGCAAAUAAUUUAGUAGUUUUUAGUGUAGGGUUUUUUUUCCCCAUCCUGGCAUUAGAUGUCUUUUAAGAGCGGUACAUCCCGGCAGUAGACAUACAGUUGAAAAGUCUAUGUUUGAGAUUUUCUAUUGAAUUGAAGCAUUAAUGCAACACUAACAAAAAAUCAAACAGUCAGCAUGACCAACUGUGAACAAGGUGAAUGUGACUUUAUUACUUCCUUACUUCCACUUCCUGACUCCCUGUGAUUUUACGGCCUUGUCCUUCAUCUCUUCAUCUUCUUGUGGAUCACUGAUUCCACGGUGACUUCAAGCUUUUUAGGAGAAAGCAUCUCUCCUAUAUUAUUCUGUUUCUUGUCUGACAAUGAAACUUUACUUGUGCUGCAUGUUGCAGAUCUUUCUGACUUGUCUGCACAUAUAGUUUGAUGUUAGAAUAAUAAGCACAUUAAGUUACCAGUAGUGUUAAGCUUUUAGAUUUUCAAAUGGGAGAGAAGGUUUACCUGGUUAGCGCCAGUGCCGCCAUCAGAUGUCGGCCUGAUUUGGGGUUUUAUUGUGAAAUGUGACUUGUUUUCAGACACACUUGCACCGUGGUUUAUGAUGUUCAAAUGCUUCUCUAAUUCUGAAAACAUUAUACCUGACAAAAGCUGAAAGCUGCAUUGACUAACUCAGCUGACCAUGAAUUUAAUUUAUAUUUAACUUAUAUUCCUCAGAUGAUAAUCACAUGAUCAUUUUUGUUUGACAAUGACCUGGAGGUAAUAAAAGACUUGUUUUUUUUGGAAUAAAGUCUGUUGAGAGAUU